GAGGAGCAGUACAGGCAUUUCUCUGUGUGGAUUACGGGACUGCAGAACAGGGAGGAUCCGAGCAGAGACACGGCUACUACAAUACAACCAUCUCUGCAGUCGAAGCAGCUGUAGUAAUUUGUCUGAAGGGGGUUCUUCAAACACAGUGAGGACCUGAACUGAACAGUGACCUACAGAGAGAGAGAAGAUCGAGUCAGAAACUACACAGAUCAUCCAGAACAUGAUUAGAAGAUAGCACCAUACACCAUGAUCAUGGCCCCCCGGAAGAGGAAUCGUCAUGCGUUGGGGUUUCUUUGUUGUUUUGGAGGCAGCGACCUCCCUGAAAUCAACCUCAAGGACAAUAAUCCUCUCCAAUUCCUUGAGUUUUCUGUCCCAAUCCCACCAGCAGAAGAGCUCAAUGCCAGAUUCGCCGAACUUGUGGAUGAAUUGGAUCUCACAGACAAGAACAGAGAGGCUAUGUUUGCACUCCCUCCAGAGAAGAAAUGGCAGAUUUACUGCAGCAAAAAGAAGGAACAAGAAGAUCCUAAUAAGCUUGCUACCAGCUGGCCAGACUACUACAUUGACCGCAUCAAUUCCAUGGCAGCAAUGCAGACUCUGUAUGCUUUUGAUGAAGAAGAAACAGAAAUGAAAAAUAAAAUAGUUGAAGACUUGAAGACAGCUCUGCGGACUCAGCCCAUGAGGUUUGUGACCAGGUUUAUUGAGCUGGAUGGCCUGAGCUGUUUGCUGAACUUCCUGAAGAGCAUGGACUAUGAGACCUCGGAGAGCCGCAUCCACACAUCCGUUAUAGGGUGUAUCAAGGCACUGAUGAACAACUCCCAAGGACGGGCUCAUGUCCUGGCCCAUCCUGAAAGUAUCAACAUCAUAUCCCAGAGCUUACGGACUGAGAACAUAAAGACCAAGAUUGCUGUGCUGGAGAUCCUAGGAGCUGUCUGCUUGGUACCAGAUGGUCACAAAAAAGUCUUGCAAGCCAUGCUUCACUACCAAGUCUAUGCUGCAGAAAGGACAAGAUUCCAGUCAUUGUUAAAUGAGCUAGACCGAAGCAUGGGGCGAUACCGAGAUGAAGUAAACCUCAAAACAGCCAUCAUGUCCUUUAUCAAUGCUGUUCUGAAUGCAGGUGCUGGUGAGGACAAUUUGGAGUUCCGAUUGCAUCUCCGAUAUGAGUUUCUAAUGCUGGGAAUUCAACCUGUCAUUGACAAGCUCAGAGGACAUGAGAAUGCCACACUGGACAGACAUUUAGAUUUCUUUGAGAUGGUCAGAAAUGAAGAUGACCUGGAGCUUGCCAAGCGGUUUGACCUGAUCCACAUUGAUACAAAAAGUGCCUCUCAGAUGUUUGAGUUGAUCAAGAAGAGAUUGAAGCAUACAGAUGCCUAUCCCUAUUUGUUAUCCAUCCUCCAGCACUGCUUGCAGAUGCCAUAUAAGAGAAAUGGAGGAAACUUCCAGCAGUGGCAGCUGCUGGACAGAAUACUCCAACAAAUUGUUCUUCAGGAUGAGCGAGGAGAUGAUCCAGAUAUAGCUCCACUGGAAAACUUCAAUGUCAAAAAUAUCAUUAAAAUGCUGGUGAAUGAAAAUGAGGUCAAGCAGUGGAGGGAUCAGGCAGAGAAGUUCCGGAAAGACCACGCAGAGCUGAUGAGCAGGCUAGAGAAGAAGGAGCGGGAAUGUGAAACAAAGACCCAGGAGAAGGAUGAAAUGAUGAAGACACUGAACAAAAUGAAGGACAAGCUGCAGAAGGAAUCCUUGGAGCUGCGCCAGACCCGAGACCAGAUGAAUGAUCUGGUGGCUCAACUUAAUGAGUUCUCGCAAGGGGGCAGCAUUUCCUUCCCACCCCCACCACCCCCUCCUCCAGGUGGCCCAUUAGCUUUGUCCUCUUCUCAUAUGUCCGAGAAUUUGCCACCAUUGCCACCUCCUCUGCCUUUCUCCAGCUGUCCCCCACCUCCUGCUCCACCACCUCCACCAGGAGGACCUCCUCCUCCACCAGGAGCACCACCUUUCUUCAGCAUGGGGGUGCCACCCCCUUCAACAACCACCUUCAGCACCAGUGGCCCCAGUCUGAAGAAGAAAUCUAUCCCACAGCCUUCACAUCCACUGAAAUCCUUCAACUGGGCUAAGCUGAGUGAGGAGAGGAUCCAUGGCACGAUCUGGAAUGAGAUUGAUGAUUUAAAGGCAUUCAAGGUGCUGGAUCUAGAAGAUUUUGAAAAGAUGUUCUCCGCGUAUCAGAGGCACCAGGACCUGCUAACUAACCCCUCCUCCUGUAAGCAGAAAGAGAUGGGCUCAACAGAAGACCUCUACCUCUCCACACGAAAGGUGAAAGAGCUCUCUGUGAUUGAUGGUCGGAGGGCGCAGAAUUGUGUCAUUCUCCUUUCCAAGUUGAAGCUGUCCAAUGAAGAAAUCAGACAAGCAAUAUUGAAGAUGGAUGAACAAGAAGACCUAGCGAAAGAUAUGCUUGAGCAGCUACUGAAGUUCGUUCCUGAAAAGAGCGAUACUGACCUGUUGGAGGAGCACAAACACGAAAUUGAGCGCAUGGCCCGAGCAGAUCGUUUCCUCUUCGAAAUGAGCAGGAUUGACCACUACCAGCAGCGGCUGCAAGCAUUAUUCUUUAAGAAGAAGUUUCCAGAGAGGUUGGCAGAAGCAAAACCAAAAGUGGAAGCCAUUCUUCUGGCAUCCAAAGAACUCAUCCGAAGCAAGCGUUUGAGGCAACUCCUGGAAGUAGUUCUUGCCUUUGGGAAUUACAUGAACAAGGGCCAAAGGGGAAGCGCUUAUGGCUUCAAAGUCUCCAGCCUGAACAAAAUUGCGGACACCAAAUCCAGCAUAGACAGGAACAUUACGCUCUUGCACUACUUAAUUAUGAUCUUUGAAAAGAAUUAUCCAGAUAUCCUAGAUAUCCAGUCUGAGUUGCAGCAUCUUCCAGAAGCAGCAAAAGUCAACCUGGUAGAGCUGGAGAAGGAAGUCAACAACAUAAAGACUGGAUUGAAAGCUGUUGAAACUGAACUGGAUUAUCAGAAGAGACGCAUGCGAGAAUCAGGGGACAGGUUUGUUCCUGUGAUGAGUGAUUUCAUCACUGUGGCCAGUUUCAGCUUCUCAGAGUUAGAAGACCUUCUCAACGAGGCUAGAGACAAGUAUGCCAAGGCACUGAAGCAUUUUGGAGAGACCGAGGGCAAGAUGCAGCCAGAUGAAUUUUUUGGCAUCUUCGACACUUUCUUACAGUCAUUUGCAGAGGCCAAGCAAGAUCUGGAGAAUAUGAGGAAGAAAAAGGAAGAGGAGGAGCGCAGGGCACGCAUGGAGGCCAUGCUAAAAGAACAAAGGGAGAAAGAGAGGCGGCAAAAGAAAGCAAAAGCUGGAAGCAUCUCUGAAGAGAGUGGAGAGUUUGAUGACCUGGUGUCAGCAUUAAGGUCGGGUGAAGUCUUUGACAAAGACUUAUCCAAGCUCAAGCGUAACCGCAAGCGUUCGGGGAACCAAGGCUUAGAGACAAGUCGUGAGCGGGUAGUGACAAAGCUAAAUUAUUAAUUACAAGAGGAAGAGAAAAAAUCAACCAAAAGAAAGUGUUGAAAAAGUGUAAAACAAGGAAGAUGAAUGUGUGUGAUGGCGCCUGGCUGACAGCUGUCCCAAAGGCUUUGGUCUGUAGCUAGAGACGUUACCUUUCCAUGAUCAGCUUUCCUCUCACCCCUCUUCUGUGCUCCUAAUUUGAACCAUUAUAAAAGUGCCUCUGUGGAUCCAGCAGGGCCUGUGACUGGGCCAUGCAGAGCUGACAGAUUUGCUUCUGGGAGUUUGUUGUGUCAUUAAAGGCCUCAUGGUGAUGACAGGAAGUACUUGGGCCUUGCAAACUGCCUCACAGCUGGAACAAGAUAAUUUUCUGUGUGCCAAAGUAAAAACUAGUCAUCUAGAUCUCUGUCUUGCUGAUAACAGGGAAGACUAAUUUCAGACCAACUCUGUAAACAGCUAUCACUUCUUCAAGAUCUAGACUGGCCUUCAGGGGUUUGUUGGGAUGUGGUUCUCAAGUUUCCAAUUCCCUUCUAGAACUGAAUUUUAUAAGCCAUUGAUUAGCACCUGAAAAAUGCAUUUAAGCUCAUGUCCUGUAUUUUUUGUGCGGCCUACACUGUCCAAAGCAAGUAAAGCUUAGAAAGAAGUCUUCAGUUUCUGUAACAAAAUGAAAAUCAAGAAUCAAGAUCAACAUACAAUAAUUUGCAAAAGUCUUUUGGAUUCUGUUUUGCUAGAAGGAGUUUUCUGGAAUUUCUCAGUGGUUGAGUCUCAAAGCUAUGAAAUGCAUCUUCUUGGAAAGGAACUGUGGCUUUCCUUUAGAAAACUAAGCCACUGCCAGGUUUGGAUUACAAGUAGAUAACUGUAGAGCCUGUUGUCGUUGCUGGAGGCUGGCAGAGAAUCAGUGGAAAAUUUCUUAUCUGUUUGUGCAGGAUUGGAAAUUGGGAACUCCCUAGUAUCAUCCACAGGUCUCCAGUAGCAAACAGCGAACAGGUUCACUGCCUGCAAGAAGUGAGAUUUCUUUUCCACUUGAUGCUAGCUGUGAUUGCUGUUGGCAUGAACUGGUCUUUCUGUCCAACAGCCUGACCUCCACUGCACACACCCCACUCCUGCUGAGGGGAACCACAUCACUCAGAAAGGUAUGAAUGGUGUCAAAGGAGAGCCUUGGAGCACACUGCCUUUUUCAUUUUGAAGAAAUCACUUGGGAUGAACCAAGGGAGAGCUCCAUAAUUAAAACUGAGAGUUUUUUGAGGAGGACACAGAAUUGUGUAAGCCAAGCAGACUUUGGAGUUAAUUCAGAAGAAACAAAUAAAUUUGUAGUUAAGUUAUAGGAAUUAAAUAUAUAAGCAGAAAAGAAAAGAACCCAAGAAGAGGCUUGAAUUCUGUGUGUCUUCAUGGUUCUAGAAAAGGGAUUGGAUUGUGUGGGCUAUCAUGGCCCUUUUUUUUACCUUUUUUUUCAAACUUGUCUUCUUUUUUUAUUAUCUUCCCUGGAGAAGGAAAAGACAAAAAGAAAUACUGGUGAUGGAUACUUCAUCCUAGACAGGAAGAAAAGAGAGAACAUUUGGAAAGAGAGACCGACCAUCUACAAAUUGCUGCAUUAGUCAAUAGCACAAAAUGUCAAGGAAUCCCAGGGAAGUUUAAUCAUUUGGUUUGAUUUUUCUCUGAAUGUCACUUAACCUCAGGCUCUGCACUGAGUCUGCAGAACAGAACUUCCUCUACAAUGCACGCUGCCUGAUCAGUAUUACACACUACAAUGUUGGAGAAGCAAACUGUGGUGGUUUUCUGAACACUUUGAGAGUUAAAUAAUUAUGUAAACUAUUAAAAGCAAAAAAGAGAAUUGAGAGAAGAGAAGCAAAAAAGUCAGAAUUGUUAAACUCUGAUGUUUCAUUGUUUACUGGAUUUUGAGUCUCCCACCCUUGAAUUUCCCUAUUUAGGACAUUCCAGACUGCCGCGCCUCUGUAUAAUACUCAUCGUAAAGAGCUGGUAUCUUACAAGAGCUGGGUGCAUUCUCCUCCCUUACUAUCCCACUCCCCUUCUGGGAUUAGCUAUUAACAGCAAUGCCUAUUGCAGUGGACACAAGCACCUUGUAGAAGAAAGACUAUUUCUUAAAGGUUUUUGAAAGUUUAAGAAAAAAAUCUCACUUUUUUAAGCAUUUUUAUUUUAAAUUACAAAUGGAUUUUUAGAAAUGUCUCUUGUAAAUUAUAUUAACUAGCUCCUUGCUGCUCCCUGAAGUAGACUUGCUAUAUAUCCCAGCCCUUUUGUUUGUCUUGUUUUAAAGCAUGCCAUGUAACCUAUGCCAUGUAAGCCAUAUGAGAGGUGGUAAUAUGUGCCAAAUUGGUAUACAGUUGAGUUUAGAUUUGAAUAAUCCCUGAAUUCCAAAGACUAUGCUUUUAGGCAUUAGAACAUUGUAGGGGUUUUUCCUCCCUCUUUGUUCUCCCUGGGUUUAGGACUCACCCAGAAGUUCACGUGUAGUGCCAAGGUCAGUCCUAGUGCAAGAUGAUGUGCAAGUACAGCUGCUUGCAUGCUCCCCAGGUACUUGUGUGAUAAGGCAGACUGUCAGUGUGGCAGCUGCCAGAGAAGAAACACCUCAGGGCAAACUCUUUGAAUAUAAAUACAGCAUUUCCCCUGCCCCGGUAUUUGUCAAACCAGGUCUGUGCUGUGCUUUCUGAAACUGAAGUCACUUUGCCAGGCCACAAAUGUAGCAAAAGCAGAGAGAGUGAUAAAUCCUCUGUCCCUUUGUGUACACAGUUCAGCCCUGACUUAAAGAGGUCCUGCAUGAUGGUACACAACAACACUCCAGCCACCCUGGGAGUCAAAGAAAGCUGCUAUGGUUUUGCCACCUCUUUAACUCAUACAUUAAUAAUGAGUUUGUGCAACUCCUGUAAAUCAGCUGGGGGAUCCUUAAGGGGAUGGACAGAAAGCUCAGAGUCAUGUCCUGAUUCAAUGCAGCUCAACUUUCUCAGCACUCCAGUGCCCUAGGCUCCCUGUUUUGAAUCAGCGAUGGUGGCCAAAAGCUUAAUUCAGUGUGCUGGACAGUCCCCCAGGCUCUUGACUCCAUCGUGAAAGUUCAUAAAGAUUUUGGAAAAGCUCAGUUUCACACUGAGGCAAGCAGUGUUUUCAUACAAGUGGUGACAAGCAGAGAGGUCCAUUAAAUUAUCUACUGUAUGAGAUGAGGUUACCCACACAGAAGAUAAGGAAAAAAUUGUCUCUGCUGUAGGGCCUGGCCUCAGAUUCGUGCUGAAGCCAAGUUUGUCCAUGUUUCUCAUCUCUUGGGUAUUGUGAGUGCAUAUAAUACUCUCUUCUUCAGCAGUUGUAGUUGAGUUGCCAGGUGUUGAAGGAGAAAGGAAAAUCUUAUUCCUGAGUAGACUUAGGAAGCAGUCUGAGGUCUAACAUCACUGGAGAAGAGCUAGGGUCUGCUGUUGUCCUUGCACCUGUGCAUAAUAGCAGCAUUUUAAGAGAAGUCACUCUGUGACUGGAAA